UUCCAAUCCACCAUGGGAAAGUAGCGGGUCACUCACUGGGUUAUACCAAAAGACGAGCAGAGGUAUUUGUAUAGACUGGCUGGACAUAAACCACCUGAUCAGCAUCAUUUGAUUGAGUACUGAAUUAUCAUUUACAGAGUGAAUGGCAUGGGCAUCGUUGCUUUCCUUUCCAGCAUGUAUGGUUUGAUGGAAUAAAUGGCUUACAUCGUAUGUAUCUAAAGAUAACAAUGUCAGUCGCUUUCUCUUCGACGCGCCCGAGAGGCAAAGGGGAGGUGACUCAACAAACGAUUCAAAAGAUGCUGGAUGAAAAUCACCACCUUAUCCAGUGUAUAAUGGACUAUCAAAGCAAAGGCAAAACUGCAGAAUGCACUCAAUAUCAGCAGAUUUUGCACAGAAAUUUGGUGUAUUUGGCAACAAUAGCGGACUCCAAUCAGAACAUGCAGACCCUUUUACCUGCGCCUCCUAACCCUAACAUGAACAUGGGCCCAGGUGGAAUGGGACAGAGUGGCGGUGGGCAGUCUCUUCACUCUCAGGCGAAUCUAAAUGAAAACAUGGCCUCUGGUCUUCCCCCUACCUCAAUGAUGCAGAGUGGGAUGAGCAAUGGCCCCAGCCACGCCCCCAUGCAGCAGCAGCAACAGCCCAGUCAGACGCCUCUGCCCUCCAGCACGUCCAUGAGCCUGCCGGCCAGCGGCCAUCAUAGCUUGGCCUCCGGGUACAGCCACCCUGUGCCCUCCUCCCAGGCCAUGCAGCAUCAGGGCCAGGGCUACGUGUCCUCAGCUUCCCGCAGCAACCUCAACAUGCAGUCCAAUCAAGUCUCGAUGAUGCACCAACAAAGCGGUGGACCUCAUUACUCCUCAGCUCAGGGAGGUAGUCAGCACUACCAAGGGCAACAAUCUAUAGGCAUGCUGGGACAGGGUAACCAAGGCAACAGUAUGAUGGCACAGAGGCCCAUGGGAAGUUACCGCUCAUCACAACAAGGAUCUGCCCCGCAGUACACGGGACAAGACGAGUUCUACGGGGAGCAGUAUGGGCAUGGUCAAAGCUCCAGCGAGCCCAUUAACCAGCAGUAUUACCCUGAUGGUCACGGAGAGUACUCCUAUCAGCAGUCCUCCUAUGGUGAGCAGGGCUAUGAACGUUCUUUUGACGAGUCUUCACAACAUUACUACGAAGGCGGAAAUUCCCAGUUUAGCCAGCAGCAGAGCCAGUACCAACAAGGAUCAGGCCAGCAGCAGCCCUUUAGCCAGCAGCAGUACUCUUCACAGCAGGGAUACAGUGGGCAGCCUCAGGCCUAUGGUCCCGGGCAGGGAACAUCGUCCCAGUACUCCCAAUAUCAACAGGGGCAGGGGCAGCAGUACUCCUAUCGCUCCUCACAGGGCACCCCCGGUGCCCAGCCACAGAGGCCGUAUGCCUAUGAGCAGGGGCAGUAUGGGAACUAUCAGCAAUAAGUUGAUACUUCCAGACCAAAGGCUACCUCUUGGCAGUGGGGAGCAGGAGGAAAAUAAUUUUUUUUUGCCGAUAACUUUUUUUUUUAGUUAUUUUUUGAAACAAGAUAAAAAAACAAGUAACUGCCUGUGUUUUGGUAGGCGUACAUAUAUCUAGCCUGUUGCCAUAUUUUUUUGUUUGUUUGUUUACUGCCAUUUGCUUUCUCUCUCAAUUGUCACUUAUUUUCACUUUAUCUGUCUUACAUUUGUUCAAAAUGUGUCCUUUCUUUUCAAUACAUGGGUGUUCAUUUCAUCUAGCUAAACAAAGUAGGUCUAAAACAUGAUCAGUCCUCAAUUAUAAUUCAUAUAAGAAUCUGGUCACAUAAGAGGUGAGCAAAUCAUGUGACCAUAUAAAAUAAUUUCUGUACCUGAUAAAUUCCUGACGCUAACCUAUUGUUGAGUUUGUUAUGCUGGUGCUUUUUGCCGUUUGACUGUUGCUAUCCCAGAGUAAAUGAUGGCUUAAGAAGGUAAAAUGUUUUGUUAUUUUAGUAUAUUUAUAUUUGCAUGUAAUUUGCCUACAUCAAUCCUUUCAAUUGUUGUCUUUUGUGUCUUUAGUUUGCUUUUAUUUUAAUGACACAAAGUAAUAGAUGCAACAACUUUCAAAGUAAAGUCAAUAAUAGAGUUUUUCAUAUUUUCCAUGACCAUCAGUUCUAUUUUCUCUUCUCACCCCAAUGCCCAUGUCUUAUCCAUAUAUAUCCUGGUAUCUUUGCUUAACUCUUACUUGUGACUUUUAGUAGUCAGUAGAACAUGACAGUAGGUACAUAUGCAUGACAGGUUUAUGCAUUAUGUGAACAUAUGUUAAGAAUAUGUUAAGAAUAUUUUAGUUUAGUGACACUUUUUAAAAUGAUAGAUUUAUUUCUUUAUUUAUUUAUUUAUUUAUUUAUUUAUUUAUAUGUAUUUGUUUUUUAAAAUGAAUGUCUUGGCUUAUUUUGUAAAUGUGUUACAUAUAUAUACAGUAUAUUUAUAUUUGCUGAAAUCACAGAUUGGUGAUUUGGGAUCCAACGGAGUAACACCAGUCUGUGAUAUGCCUAAAUGUGCACACUGGUCAAAACCCUAUAGACUAUAAACACAGGAGCAUAUAUGCUGUUUGUUUCAUUUGAAUUUAUUUUACCUUAUUUUACAUUUUUGUACUCCAUAUAUUCACUGUGAAAUAUACCAUAUACACAGACACAAGGCACAUCUGAAGCAUAAUGGUUUAAUAUGACAAUUGUGCAUGAUAUGUGUAAUGAGAGGACAUGAUUCAUACAUGGAAACUUGAAGUGAUGGUUCAGGAAUAUCUAUCAACUGUGACCAACAAUUAAGCCAUUUGUAGCCUAAGUGAUAGCCUACACAAAUAAUCUAAAAGUGAUGUGGUUACAUAUUAUCAACAAAAAAAAAAUAAUAAUUCAAAGGCAGGCCUAUUCAUGUUUUCAAAUAAUGUAUUGACUAAUGGCCAAAGGCUCUAUAAUGCUAUUAUUCAUAGCUUGUCUUAAACCUAGACCUUGAGCAGUGGUGAAUAUAAAUUUCAGUGUAUGUGUGAGUGUGCACAUGUGUGCAUUUCUUUGAGUGAGAGUGUAGCCUCUAUUAAUGUGCUUAACUUUUUAUUUGCCUUCACAUCUUGACAAAAUGGGUGAUUAACUUUGAUCCUGUGUGGGGUCUGUUGGCAGUGUGUGUGGAAUCAGAGGUUUUGUUCAAAAGUACAGCUGAUAUGUUUGCCUUAUUUUUAUAUUCAUUUUUUAUCGUUUUAACUGUAAAACAACUGUUUGUUAUAAGUUUACCUGUAUGUAUGAAGAUACAACACUAUACUAAAUUCACCAGGCAGUAAGACUAUUAUUCCAUCCCUAAGGGGACAGCACAACCCAUAUCCUCUUGAAGUUGCAAAUGAAGCUUACAUAGAGUUGAAGUAUCUGGCUGUUAAACAGCUACUUUUGUAACACAACCGAUGAUCCAUGACAAUCGAAGGACACCAUAACCUCGCAACCACAUCACUUUGUGUAUGUGCAUGUGUGUUAUUUUUUUAGGCCUAGGAAUACUGUGAUUUGGAUGUCUCAUUUUAUGUGUAUCAGACUUUCAUCCCCAAUGUGUAGCCUAGUGUGCGAGAGAUUAUCACUAACCAAAUAAGAGCGUUACUUCUGUUAUUGUCAUAAAUUUAAAUCAUUGUGCAUCGCUUGUAAUAUAUAGUAUUCUUUUUGGUACUGUUUAAUAUUGAAAAUAAUAAAGCAAAGCUUACCUUUUCA